AUGUUCAUGAUCCGAAGAAAAAAAAAAGUUAAUCGAAGUAAUGAAUCGGAAGACUCAUUCAAUGUUUUAACUAUUGAACCUUCAAAAUCAACAUUCAACAAUGGUGACAAAGGAACAUCUUAUAUAAAUCAAGAUGAUUUGUACAUUCCACAUGUUGCUGCAGAUAUCAUUCCUAAAAAGGGACAAAUUGUGUCAAGUUUAAAUGAAGGAAUUGAAAUGUACAGAAAUUAUGCAAAAGCAGCUGGUUUUGGAAUUAGAUUAGGAACAACAACCAAAUACGGGGAUCUAAGUCUAAGGAAAAAACAAGAAAGAGAAUCAUAUUCUAAGGUCACAGGAUGUAUGGCAAUGAUUGGUUUUGACAAAAAUGCUGCAACAAAUAUAAUCACUGUAUAUGCAUUUGAAUACACACAUAACCAUCCACUUACUGAAUUUAAUGAAGAAAACAUCUGCUCUCCAAACCAUCGUCUUAGUAUUUUUGAUCAAGAACUAAUUGUUAAAGCUUCAACUAUCAACAUUGGUGCCACAAAAGCACACAAGUUAAGAGCAUCAUUAAAGGGAGGAUAUGAUAAUUUGCCAGCAACAAAGAAUGAUUUAAAAAACUUUUGGAGAGAUUAUACAAAUAUUGUUAGACCAAAUGAUGCUCAAUGUGUUGUAGACCAGUUGAUAAUUCGCAGAGAUAAUUAUCAAAAUUUCAAUUUUCAAUAUAAGUUGGAUGAUGAUGUGCUAAAUGCUAUGUUUUGGGUUGAUGAAAUAGGAAGAGAAAACUACAAUAAGUUUUCUGAUGUUAUAUCAAUGGAUGCUACUUAUAGAACAAACAGGUACAAUAUGAUAUUUGUUCCUUUCACUGCAAUAAACAAUCAUGACAAGACAAUCAACGUUGGAGCAGGACUAAUAUCAGAUGAAACAAUUGAAUCAUACUCUUGGUUAUUAGAAGCUUUUUUGUCAUCACAUAAGAAGAAACCAUCAAUGAUUCUAUCAGAUAUGGAUGCAACAUUAUCUUGUUCAAUAGCAAAGGUGUUUGAAGGAUGUACUCACAGAUUAUGUAUGUGGCACAUAAUGUCAAAAAUGCCAUCAAAGGAAAAUAAAUGGUUGGCUGAUAUGUUCAACAAGAGAGAUAAAUGGAUUCCAUCCUAUUUCAGAGAUAUACCAAUCAUCAUGAACAAAAAAAGAUUAGACAUUGCAUCAAGAGAUACUUCUCCACAACUGCUAUUUCCAAAUGAACAUUUGAAAAUAGAAAAGCAUGCAUCAUUGGUAUACACUCGAGAAGCAUUCAUAAAAGUGCAAAAACAAAUAAAAAAGGCAUUCUAUGAGUGUUUUCAAAAAAAAUCAGUUUUGAUUGAUGGUCAUCAACAAUGCACAAUUGUAUACAAAGAACUAAAAACAGGCAAGCGACCAGAAUUUAAGGUUUCUUUUGAUGCAAAAGAUGAAACAAUUGAAUGUGAAUGUUUGCAUUUCACAUUUUUUGGAAUCCUUUGUAGUCAUGCUUUCAGAAUUCUUAUAGAUUAUGACAUUACCAUGAUACCUGAAAAAUACAUUCUGGAUAGAUGGAGAAAGAACAUAGUGGAUAUUGGUUUUCAAAAGAUAAACAAAAAAUGGAGAGUGUGCAGUACAGAAAUUUCAAAUCUCUUGCAGGAUGCAACUUCUUUUUUUGAGAAAUGCGUUGAAUCGGUUAUUCAUGACAAAGAAAAACUACAAGAAUUGGUGAACUCUCUUCAACAAUUAAGUGAAACAUGUGGAAAGGGUGUUUCUACAAGAUCAAGUUCAAUUCCAAUAAAAGAUGUGAUUGAAAAUAUCAUCGGAGUUCCAAUUUCAAGUGAUGUGAAAAUCAAAGUACCAAGUGAGAUAAAAACAAAAGGAAGCGGAAAGAGGAGUCGAAUCAAAAGUGUUGCAGAAAAAGCAAUAGCAAAAGCACUUAAACCAAAACGCAAAUGCAAAGGAUGCAACCAACUCGUCAACCAUGAUAUAAGAAAUUGCCCAAUAAAUCCUUCAAAUGUGCUUAGGCCUUUCAAAAAACAUCAGUAA